AUGGAGGUGGGGAGAAAUGGAGAAUGGAUUCACAUGGAUGGAUGUGGAGUUAAGGGUGUUGUAGCGAUGGAGAUUAGAGACAAUGAUUGUGUCGUAGUAGCCGGAAUCAGACGACCAUCGCCGCCAUACCACCACAGCCACCGCCUCGUCGGACCACACCUCGACCGGACCAGACCAGACCACACCUCGUCGGACCUCACCUCGACCGGAACCGCACCAGACCAAGCCACCGCCUCGUCGGAGGUAAGUCGUCAUCGUUUGGUCUCGCUCUUGCUUUCUUUCUCCAUCUCAAUCUUGUUGUUACCAGACCAAACGACUCUCUCUAUCUGUCUCUCUAUCUCUCGAUCUCAUUUUGUUCAAGAUGGUGGCCGACUUCGUGUUCCAUCGAUCGAUCAUUUUGGGAUGGCUGUGGUACUAAUGGGUGUAAGCGGUGUGGGGAAAUCAACUAUAGGAGAAUUGUUUGCGAAAACUCUAAACUGUAGCUUCAUUGAUGCCGAUGAUUUUCAUCCACAAUCAAACAAAGAGAAGAUGAAGAACAGGAUCCCUUUAUCAGAUGAAGAUCGUAUCCCAUGGCUUGAAGUGCUUCGGGAUUUAUUGAAUGCAAGCUUGUUUGUUUUGUUGGAUGUUGGGGUGGAGGUGCUUAUGAAUCGAGUGGCGAAAAGAGUGGCAGAAGGGAACCAUUUUAUGCCUGCUGAAUUGCUUCAGUCGCAAAUUGAUUUACUUGAGGUUGAUGUGUCUGAAGGGAUACAUAAAGUUGAUGCUUCAAGGAUUCCUCAAGAUAUUGUUGAUGAGAUUAAAGCGUUGAUAUUCUGA